AUGCAGUGCCAAACCAGCCUCAUCUCUACCAAAGACAGCACUGCCGAUGCAGUACCACGUGAGGUGGCACCAUUUCUCAAGAGUUUGCGUCGCAUGCUAGAGGAUGAAAGUGCCGCUAUUCUGCGCUGGACACCCGAUGGUCGUGCUUUUGAGAUCCACGACAUGCACGAGAUGAUGGCGCACGUGUUGCCAAAAUAUUUCAAGCAUUGCAAGUAUACGAGUUUCCAGCGACAGCUCAACUACUUCAGUUUUCGCAAAUGGACCAAAUCUAAGGCCAUUGUCUGCACUUUUUCCAAUGACUUUUUCCUGCGUGAUCAGCCCGAACUCGCAUGGCGGAUCACGCGUAAAAAGUCACUGAGUCCUACCAAGCACCGACCUGCUGCUGUUAGAGCCUCGGUCAUGUCAUACUGGAAAAAGGAGCCCAGUAGUACCGUACAAGUGGCUCCUCAUUCGACCUUGGACAGCCCUUAUAUGCUGCUACCGGGCGACGCUAAAUGUUGCGUACCCUUCUUGUCCUCAGCGGACACUGACUUUAUGCUCAAACAACACGAUAUCCGCCACACGCAGCAGGUUCGACGCAGCUACGGCUUCAAUGUGGUGGCACCAACUAAUGUAUACCCGAGAUGCUACGACACAGCGACUACUGGCAGCGUGGAACAGACGGAACCUCUUGACUGGAUUGACUGCUUGCUACCGCCAAUGGACGAGACGUACAUGUACAUGUACCCACCACAAGUCGCCCCAAUUGCGCCGUACACGACAACCUCUUUCAACAUGCACAAAAGCUUUGAGUUUGUGCCUUCCAGUAGUUUGUGA